GUCAUGUAUAUAUCGUAUAUAUUACAAUUAACUCUUCUAGAAGCAAUGACUAGUAUUUCUGUUUCACAGAAUCCAGGAAUAUGUUCAAAUGUGUCUGAUGGAGAACCUUUAGAGUGCUGUCCGAAUUAUCGACUAGUCGGAAGCUCUUGCCAAGAAUGUUUCGCCGGAUCUCGAGGGGUAAACUGUGCAGAAGAUUGUGCUCAUGGGUUUUAUGGAAGACUCUGCAGAGAGAGGUGUUCCUGUGAUCCAUGUAAUAAAGUCUACGGAUGUCAAAAUGCGUCAAUUGGGAUCAAGUACAGUACAACAGCAGAACAAGAUCCUACGAGGUAUCACUGGCUUUCAAUGUUAGCACUGUCAUCGGGUGGUUUUGCAAUUUGUUUCAUUUUAUGUCUUACCAUUGUUUGUAUAUUCAGAUGGAACAUGACCACAAGGACAUUUAUUCUUCCCAAACACGGUACUCCACAUGAUAAUCUCCCUGAUAUUUGUCGAUAUAAUCCAUUGCAGAGGUUAAGUAAAGUUGAAGCAUCUGAUGCAAAUAGUAGAGAAAAAGUUUAUCAAAUUAACAGUUGUCAAACUGUGGGCCCUUUUGUCAUGACAAAAGCAAAUAAAACAGAUUUUCAAGAUGUCUAUGGUCAUAUUGAUCCAAUGGAAGGAUGUUACAAUAUCCUUAAACUCAAAGUUUUGGAGGAAAAAGAUGUUGCUUAUGUUUCAAAAUCUUGCGUAUCUCUUCAAAAUGAAAAUUACUACAUGAAAGCAGAAAACACAAUAUAUACAACAACAUCAAAGAUAUGAAGCAACAUUGAUGCCGAUGAACUUAUGUCCAAAAAUUUGAUAAAGGAGAAAAAUGAAACACCUGAAAGAUUUCUUUCAAAUUUUUAAUCGUUCAAAAGAGAGACACAGUAACAAAAGGACAAUAUUAAGGUACAGCUUUAUUUAAUCAACAAAGCUGAUACAGUAUGUGCUUGACGAAUGCUAGUAAUAUUGACAGAUGCGUUGCAGUGUAUAAUUUUAGAAGGAACUUGUUGCAAGUUUGUUCACUUUUAUUAUUUCAAACGCAUUUGAA